GUCACGCAAGUGUAAGGACGAUGGAAUGCACGAGAACGUGAUCAUCGAUGCGGAAUACGGAUAGGCAUUAGGCUAGCCGCUCUUUAAAUUUUCAAAACGUGUGGGCCUACCCACAUAAAUAUUUUUCAAAUGAUGGAUCAAAGGGGCUACCAGCCUUCAGGGCUGUUUGGUGGAUACUCCUAUGGAGAUCCCACUUUGAAUGUUCCAGUGACAUCAGGGGGCAGCAGCACUAUCUCUCCAUACCUCAAUCUAGAUCCUAGAUACCUGAAUACAGGAGAUGCAGAAUUUAUCGUUCCAACUGGUCAAUCAAGGGUCAGAGGUCGUUUUGAGUUGGCAUUCUCUCAAAUUGGAGGAUCAGUCAUGGCAGGUGCAGUAUAUGGAGGGGUAAAUGGCAUCCGUGUGGCCAGAAGUCAAACAGCAGAACUUGCAGGCAAAGUUAGGAUGUCACAGAUGUUAACCCUAGUAACAAAGCAGGGAGCCUCAGCUGCUAAUGCUGUUGGCGUAGUUGCGGUAAUGUACAGUAUACUUGGUCUUGGUAUCUCAUGGACUCGAGGCACAGAGGAUGAAAUCAACACAAUAUCAGCUGCAACAGCUACAGGUCUACUUUACAAAUCAUCAGCUGGACUGAGAACGAUGGCAAAAGGAGGUGCAGUUGGUCUUGCUCUUUCAAGUUUAUGGUGUUUAUACCACAAAAAGGAUAAACUUUUAGGAUCAGAUUCAAAUUAUUGAGAACAUUAUAGAAUUAUAUGAUUAAUACGGAGAACCUAUGACAUCAAUGCUGAACUAAAGAAAAGAACAUGGGAGCCAUCCAUUUGUUGGCGUACCCACCAUGGGGUCGGUAGUGUGGAACCGUCCCUGUAGUAUUUUUCUCUGAGAUAUUAAAAUUUAUAUGUUGGCUGCAACAAGUGAAAUACCAGUCUGCAGGUCAUUUGGGUUGUGAUGGUUAGUCAGUGACAUGCUGCCCUCUCUAGCCCAAAUGCUGUAAAACACUUUACUUAUAUUGCAUUCCUGUAUUAAGUACAAGAAUUGUAGAUAUAUUUAUAAAUGCUAAUGCAGUAGUUAUCAAGUAUGGUCUCCAAAAGGUUGAUGUCAAUAUACAGAAACCCACCCUUUGGAAUCCACUUGCUCCAAAUUGAAAAAUUAUGUUUUGUUGAUACUGUACUUUUAUGGAAUCGCUCAUUAUCCAAAUGCAGUACUAUUAUUGAUUUCAGUAUUGCACAUAAUUGUUUAAAUGACAGAUACAGCAGUGGUGGCACUAGUGGGGCGCAUAUGCCCCCUCUUCGCCCACGCCAAAUCCUUCUGUCAUCGACGCCACAGUGAGGUUACCAGAUAAAAAAAUUUAAAAAAUAAUUAUUUGCCUUUUUGCCAAUACCAAAUAUUGUGGUCUAAAAGCAAAAUUUGAACCAUACUAAGCCAUAAAAACUCUCUCUAGUCGACCCUUUUGGUCGGACAUGUUGGAUCCCUCUGUAGGCAAAUUUCUGGAGCCACCGCCGAGAUACAGUGCACCAUCUAAUCAAGAUCAUCAUUGGGGUCCUGAAAAUACAGUAUGUCUCUGGGUUAAAAGAUUGAAGUUUAUGUGCCUCAAUUGGUAUCAAAUAAAAGGUGUGCACUGUAAUAUUGUCACUGAACUAUAAACAUACUAUUAAAGCUAUUGUUUGUUAAUUUUAUCAAAGUGCAUUUUUAAAUACAGUUAAACUUGCCUAAGUCAAUUUUGCCUGACUCAAAUAAUUUCGAAGUACAUCUUAUUUUACAUGCCAAAUUGUUGUGUUUUCCAUUAACUAUCUGCAAAUCAAAUUUUAUCCAAGUCAGAAAAUUUUACAAUGCCAUUUUGGAUUCCACUUAGGAAAGUUCAACUGUAUUUUCUAGUUUAAUUUUAUCAAAGUGCAUUUUCCAAACUACAGUAGUUAUUCUUAAUAAAUUAUUGUCUGGAUAUAUAAUGGAGGUGUUUCCUUCAGUUGUUAAUAAUGAUAGUUGACCUCAAUAAAAGCUAUGGUUAUCAAGAUGUAUUGGCUACAGA